AAGGACGGUCAUUGGUGUCAGUGAUUAAAAGUCCCAACUGUACAGUGUGGACAUUGACAAUCUGAAAUACUGACAUGCAUUGUUUCGGCUGUGUAAUUUUUGUCCUAUUAUGGACAAAUUGUGUUCUCCAGAAGGUAUCCCAGCAGAUGCAAGUUGCAUAUGAUGACUUGGUCAAUCUACUUACUGAGCCAGUUGUAGAGAUUCCAACAAGUUGUGGUCCUCCACCUGAUAUUAGCAACGCGAUGCUUCUAAGCAACAGAAGACAGGAAUUCUUAUCAGGGGAAUCUGUGAUCUAUCAGUGCUACAGGCUGUAUGAAAUGGAGGGCACUCCAAUUGCCAAGUGUCAGAAUGGACAUUGGAGAGGGGUUCCGAGAUGUGUCCAAACUUGUAGAGCUGAUCAAGUUGACAUGGACCGCAACAAUAUUCAAAUGAGUUGGAUCACUAAAUCAACAUCUUGGAGAGCAUCUGAUUAUUGGAUGCAGUUUGCGUGUAAACCAGGAUUUCGUAAGCAUCCAUUAUCAUCACCAUUUAUGAAACAAUGUGUAAAGGGCCCCUGGGUGUAUCCCAGAUGUGUAUAAUAGAGUUAAGUAUUUCUUAAUUCACCUAUAAAAAAUUCACUCAUAUUCGCAUAACUUUCUCCCUGUAUGUUGGUGUGUAAUUGCCUGACUAUACUUUUAAAAAUCAGGAAGGAAGAAUGCAGGAGCAAAUAGUCUUGACUCGUAUCCUGUCUGCUGACAUCUCCUGUAUUGGUGAUUAUUUGUGAGCUUUUGGGUCUUUAGAAUCCUCAGAAGUGAAAUUAAGUGACAUAUGUUGUCAUCUGCUCAGAAGCACAAAUACUGGUUUCCUAUUUAAUCAUAAUUCCCCACCCCUUCUUGAUAACUAACGAUUUACGUUGUGUGCCGUCUGGAAAUCCCAUCUGAGGGGGGGAUCACAGUACACUACUUUGCCAAUCCACCUUUCAAUUGUAGACCAUUGUAAGAAUUCUAGUACCUGGAACUGCUGUUUCAAACGAUACCCUGGCAUUUCAGGUUGCCAUAGCAAACUCACAGGAACCAGGAUAUUUUAAAGGGAAACACAGUGAUAUUCAACAUCCGCAGCACAGAAACUGUUAAUCGUGUUUUUUCCUUGAAAAUGUAAAAUAUCUCACAGCAUUCCUAUGCAAAUUCAUUGGGUUAAACUCAUAGUUCUCAAACGGUGUGCCAGGAAGCCCAAGGUAUCAAAGCCAGUUCAUGAAUCGAGGGACACUCUGAAAAA